AAGACGUGCUUCACCAGAAAAAGGCUCUUUCAUUUUUCACCUAUUUACAUACAUUCUCUCUCUCUCUCUCUCUCUCUCUCUCUCACAUUAGUGAGACUUUUCACAGCUUAGAAAUCUGCCAAACCGAACAGCACGCACCAAAACCAACACCAACCCAAACAGGUAAAGUCUUGGCCUAAAAUUUCCACACAACCAAUCCACAACUCCAUCUUCUUCGAUCAGCCCGUUCAACGCUCUCUAAUUGGCUGGAAAUUUGUAGCACUCUCUCUGUCUGGAUCUGAGAUGGUGGACUUGUCUCUCUCUUAAGCCUUUCCUUUUGCCUCACUCACACAAGCUCCAUAUAUAGCAACUACCUUUGCCUUUUGUGCUAGGUUCAAAAGAAGAAGAUUCUCACCGUCAAGCUCUCUCUUCUUCUUUAUGUAGGUGGGAGGAGGAGGAGUCUAGGAGAAAGAAGAAGAUCAAGCAUGGCGAGGGAGAAGAUUCAGAUCAAGAAGAUUGACAACGCCACGGCCAGGCAAGUCACUUUCUCCAAGCGCCGAAGAGGUCUUUUUAAGAAAGCCGAGGAGCUAUCUGUGCUUUGCGACGCUGAUGUUGCUGUUAUUAUCUUUUCUUCUACUGGAAAGCUCUUCGAGUACUCCAGCUCAAGCAUGAAGGAAAUAGUAGAAAGACAUAAGUUGCACUCCAAGAACCUUGAGAAACUUGAUCAGCCAUCUCUCGAGUUGCAGCUAGUGGAGAACAGCAACUACUCCAGAUUGAGCAAGGAAAUUUCGGAGAAAAGCCAUCAACUGAGGCAGAUGAGAGGAGAGGAGCUCCAAGGAUUAAAUAUAGAAGAACUGCAUCAGCUAGAGAAGUCACUUGAAGCUGGGUUAAGCCGUGUGAUAGAGAAAAAGGGUGAGAAGAUUAUGACAGAGAUAACUGACCUUCAAAGAAAGGGGAUGCAAUUGAUGGAAGAGAAUGAGCGAUUACGACAGCAAGUGGCAGAGAUUUCUAAUGGUCGAAGGCACGUUGGUGCUGAUUCAGAGAAUGUGAUUACUGAGGAAGGCCAGUCAUCAGAGUCUGUCACCAACGUCUGCAACUCCACUGGCGCCCCUCCUCAUGACUAUGAGAGCUCAGAUACGUCCCUCAAGUUGGGGCUACCCUACUCAGGGUGAAUGGGAAGAACGCAGGGAGGAAUUAAGUAAAGUAGAACAAAAAUCUGAUAUCUAUCUAUAUAUAUAUAUUUAUAGCUUGAGUCCAUUUGACAUGAAUUAAUUGAAUAUGAAUCUUGCCCAUGCUGUGUUUUGAGGUACAUCAACUCUCAAGUACCUUUUUAGUAUAACCUAAAUGACAACCUUGAUGUUUCCUUACUCUUAUAUUUUCUUAUUGAAAGUAUGGACUACGUCA